CCGCCAAUCGCGUAAGAUGCAUACCGAUCGUUGGCUGUCUGUUGCCGAGACAUUCCGGACCCGCACUGUGCAUGAGAGACGAGCUUGAAAUUGUAAAUUGUACUGUGGAAAGCCAUGACAUUGAAAAACAUCGUGCACGCAGAGAAGAAAUGAGGCGAAUCACGUCGUGACGUUUCGAGGGACUUGGUGGGACUUGGUGCUCGACUUGAACAACAUUCGAGGUUAACUUACCCCGGAGAUAUCCGCGUAUCCAAAUGGUUACGAUCUCGCAUUAUAACCUACGCCGUGUAUGCGAUUCUAACAUCAGCUGAUGAGUUCGAUGUAACUCCGCGCACGAUAGCCGAAUUUUCAAACAUUUCGUGCUCACGAUUCACCGAAUAGAACGUCGCAAUGGCAGACCUCGCCUUGGGGGAGCUCAGCGGCGAUCAAACCGAGAAAGUACUACAGUUUCAGGAUCUCACCGGCAUUGAAGAUCUCUCGGUAUGCAGAGACGUUUUGCAGAGGCACAAUUGGAAUUUGGAAGUGGCAGUUCAGGAGCAAUUAAAUUUGUACGAAGGCAGACCAUCCAUGUAUGCACAGGACUCGCGUGCCCGACCACCGCAGGUUGUAGAUGACAGUAGUUCAAGAAUUUAUUUUAGUUAUCCUGGAAGCUCUGGGGGAGGUGGGGGCCUCUUAUCCUAUAUUUUUUCCAUGUGUUAUAAUCUAGUGAGCAGUAUCCUGCAACUACUUUUUGCAAUAUUUAAGAGAAACGUUAGACCUGUGUCCUCUGAUCCAGUGGAAGAUGUAGUCAACUUUAUUAGAUCUUAUGAGGAGCGUUGCGGUAACACUCAUCCAGUAUUUUACCAGGGCUCUUACAGCCAAGCUCUUUCGGACGCAAAACAAGAAUUAAGAUUUUUAUUGGUAUAUCUGCAUAAAGAUGAGACACAAGAAGUUGACCAAUGGUGCAGAAAUACAUUAUGUGAUCCAGAAGUGAUACGAUAUAUAAACACGCAUACAUUGUUCUGGGCAUGUAACGUUAAAUCUGGAGAGGGUUACAAAGUCGCGGAAGCGCUCAAAUCGGGUUCAUAUCCCUUCCUAGCGCUUAUCGUGUUGAAGGACAAUAGAAUGACAAUAGUUGGUCGAUUAGAGGGCGCACCAUCUUCCGCUGAUUUAAUGUCACGAUUGCAAACGAUUAUAGAACGCAAUGAAAUUAACUUGAUCCAAGCACGUCGAGAAAGAGCAGAACGUAGCGCGGCGCAAUCGCUUCGGCAACAACAAGAUCGUGCUUACGAGGAGUCGUUACGUGCGGACCAAGAGAAAGAUCGUAGAAGAGAGGAGGAGCGAAGAGCACGUGAGGAGCAAGAGGCCCGAGAGAAAGAAGAGUUGAAUGCCCAAGAGUUGGAAAUUCAACGUAUACGUCUUUUAAAAGAGUUGACUAUUGGCAAAGUGCCCUUCGAGCCAGAACCAUCUAAUCCUAAUGCAUGUCACCUUCAAAUUAAGCUUGGAGAGAGAACGAUGAAAAGAAGAUUUCUUAUGACUGAUACAGUCAAGGAUGUUUAUCACUGGAUAUUUAGCCAACCGGAUUCUCCAGCGAGUUUCGAGAUAACAACGAGCUAUCCCAGAAGAGUCCUCUAUCCUUGUAGAGAUAUCUUAACUCUAUUGGAUGCCGGUUUAACCCAUAGAGAGGUCCUUCACGUUAACGAUCUAGACGACUAAUUGCCAUCAUUUCGAUAUGACAUUUUUCAAGUUUUUAGUAUCAUUCCAUGGGAAAAAUGAUACUGUCAUGAAAGACACUUGUCAAGAGACAUAAGCUCAUGCAGCAUAUAUACACAAGAUGAUAUACACAUGCAUACACGCGUAUAUAUGUAUGUGUAUGUAUAUAUGUAUACACACACAUACACACAUACAUAUAUUAUAUAUAUUUGAUACAUUCUAAUACUUUAUGUGAGAUAUACUUUCUUGGAUGAAAAAUAUGAUUACGUGAAAUAUACCAAAAGAUAGGAAUCAAAAAGGGGGAAAAAGGUUUGUUUAUAAAUGCAGCUUAUUUAAAUUAACAAUUGGUAUUCGACCACCGCAUUUACUGAAAAAUGCAUUUCGUAUAAUAGAAAAAAAAGAAAAAAAAUGAUAGAUAGGAAUGUAUAUUAAAAUCUUUUUGUGUAACAAAAUGAUCUCGUAAAAAGAAAAAAAAAAUUGUACAGUAAAUCAUUUUUUUUAUAUCUCUUCCGACACCGAUAAACGGUGUCAGUAUCAAAGAGCAGUGAUACGAGUAAGUUCUGACGCUUGAAUAAAUUUCAUGUGUCCGGGCACACUCUAAUAAAAUUGUCCACACGUUUCCCUCUGA